GUGCUAAGAGUCCCACGCACCACUUCUCGGCUACUAUGCCAUUUGCUGUAAGACCUAGUAUGUACAGUCGUCCGUUUCCGACGAGCCCGAAGUUGGCAGAGGUUGCGACUGCGAUACGGGAAUCAAAGAAUGGGCUGUAUUUGACCGAGUAGCCGUUGAAGCCCUGUGUUCGAAACUCGAGCAUGACGAAGAAUCCACGAGGAUAAUGGUAGCAGACUAUGGCGCGUGAAGUAUAUGUAGGGGUCGGCGCGUCAUGUCGCGCUGGGAUGAAAUGCUGGUGUUGUGCUGCUGCAUGGUUGCAGAUGACGAUGUGGACGAGACCGAGGCCUGGCGCUUUGGAUAUGGCGGGGCUGCAUCGGGACUCGGGCUGUCCCGUGACAACGCGUCUGGCUGUAACGGUCGCCACCAUCAGGAGCUCCGUAUGCGUUAGCGAAUCAUCACGACACUAUGAGUGCCAUCGUGAUCAACUGCAAUCGACAUGGACGCGUUCGUGUCGCGAAAGAGGAAGUGGGCUGAACAAUCACCAAAGUCGGUAGAGAAUAUAAGCGUGCAGCAAGAAGAGGACUCUACCGACUUCAAGCUGGCUAUACUGGCAUCUCUACACCCCAAACUCGACGAAGGCACCCUGCUUGAAGCAUUGCUCGCCGCUGAUGGACAUGUGGAACAAGCCUCGGAGUUGUUAUCGCAGCCGAGGAAGCGGCCUGCAUCAUCUACAGUUGGCUAUCAAUCAUCGUUGAGCUCGUAUCGCAUUACUCCGGCCAACGGGACAUCCACGAAAAAGCCAAUGGUAAAGAAAGGGAAGACACUGUUUCUUUACAGCCCAGAGGAUGUUGAAGCACACACGCCUUGCUCCAUCAUCCAUAACUUCCUCCCCGCAAAGCAAGCAGAAGCACUGCUGUCUCAAUUGUUGGAAGAAGCGUCCUCGUACAAUAGGUAUAAGUUCAAGCUGUUCGAAAGAGUAGUUUUGAGCCCGCACACGUAUUCCUUCUACGUCAACAGCCUAGAAGAGGCAGAAAAACAGAAGACGGAGUACAUUUACAACGGCGGCGAGCUCGAGGAUGUGCGGCAAAGCACAUCAGAAAUGCUCAACGCAUGUCCCCAGGUUGAAGAGGCCGUCAACCGCGAAAUCCAACGCAGGAUCCGCGACUUCUACCCCUCCGGCAAGAAACUCAAAUACCAAUCCCCUCACCCAUGGAAAGCCAACACAGCCUUUGUGAACUGCUACGAUGGACCACAAGAAAGCGUCGGCUACCACGCGGAUCAAUUGACCUACCUUGGCCCAAGAGCCAUCAUUGGCAGUCUAAGCCUGGGAGUAGCGCGCGAAUUCCGCGUUCGCAAGAUCCUCGCCGAAGACGACUCUGUGCACCGCAAACAAGACGGCUCACUGGCCGAUGCGCAGGGCCAGAUUAGCAUCCACCUGCCGCACAAUUCGCUCCUGGUCAUGCACGCCGAGAUGCAGGAGGAAUGGAAACACUCGAUAGCUCCGGCUCAAGCUAUCGAUCCUCACCCACUUGCAAAGAAUAAACGGCUGAAUAUCACGUAUCGUUUUUACAAGGAUAGUUUGCAUCCGAGGUAUACGCCAAAGUGCAAGUGUGAUGUUCCGACUGUGUUGAGGUGCGCGACGAGGAAGAAGGAGAGUAGAGGCAGGUACAUGUGGAUGUGUCAUGCAGGUUAUGUGCCGGGGAGGGAGAGCUGCGGAUUUUUCCAGUGGGCAGAGUUUGAUGAGGAUGGGGAGCCGCCGUGGGCUGGGAAGAUCAAGGAGGAGGAACGAAGGAGUGGGGAAGAAGGAAGAGCUGGUGUUGAACAUGGUAAGAAAGAGUGAUGAGCCUACACAUCCCUCUGGAGAUGAGUGGCGCCCUCUCAGUGAUCGUUAGGCGCGACUUCCAGAGGAUCAAACGCAGAUGUAAUCUGCAUAUCGUCUCGUAGUCCUCUUGCAACGUUUGCA